UAGCCCAUCCACCCACCUCCUGGUGGUCGCCCGUCCCAUUGGCGCAUCUCGCCCCCGUUCGGCGGCGGCGGCGGCGGCGUAGAUCCGGCGUGGCGUUGCGCCCCCGUUCCUCGCCCCUCGUCGCUCCGCAGCGCCCGCGCUCCCCAAGGCCGCAGCACGCGAGCGGCGCGGCCUUCGUUGGUUAUUGAAGAAACAACACUCCGCCGUUCUGAAGAAAUGAGUGCGUGUAAGAAGGCCAGGGCGGAAGCUACAUAUGUUGUGAGUUCAGACAGACUUAGCAGUCUACCUCCAGAGUUAAAGGGCGACAUCCUUUCCCGUCUGAAUGUCGAAGAAGCGGUUAAGACUAGCACCUUAUCAAGUACUUGGAGGGAUGCAUGGACUAAUAUGCCAAAAAUAUUUCUGCGCGAUGGAAAUUUUGCAAGAACCAAGUUCGUCACAUUAGUUGAUAUGGUGCUAUCACUCCACAACGGAACUGUAGAUAUGUUUGACAUUUCAGGUAGCAAAACUUACCAUGAUGAGUUCGGUAGGUGGAUGCGCAUGCUUUCUAGGAGAUCACCAAGAUCAGUUACAAUCAGGUUGAACUCAGGGCCAGGGUAUAGGAUUCCUUCAUGUCUAUUUUCUAUCGGCGAUUUGAGGGUUCUGCACCUGCAAAACUGCGUCAUCAGCUUGCCCCGGGUAUUCCAAGGUUUCAAGAGAUUAACUCACCUGGACUUGAAAAAUUUCUCCUCCACAGACAUGGACAUCCAAAAUCUGGUCUCCUUCUGCCCCGUACUGAGUUGUUUGAAACUAGCUUCUUUUGAGGGCAUCAACUAUCUAAACGUUCAAGCUCCUAAACUGAAACGUCUUCAUGUUUUUGGGGACUUUGAAGACAUUAAUUUAGAUGCCCCUAAUUUGGAGGUGGCCAUUCUCUCUCUUGCUCAUGAAGCUAAAGCACAUCAAUCUGUUCCAAUUGCGCAUGACAUGGAAAGCCAUGUCAAGAAGUCAUUGGGAGACCUAAGUGGCAUCAAAACACUUGGAAUUAGUGGCAUUUUCAUGAAGUAUAUAUCAAAAUGGUGCAUACUUACAAAGUUCCCUGCCGUAUUUCAUCGCCUCGAGCAUAUUUAUCUUGUGAUAUGCUUUUGGGACCAGAGGCAAGUCUUGGCCACUUGUUCGCUGUUUCAGAAUGCCCCUAACUUAAAGAAGCUUGACAUGUGGGAUCACUCUUCGAGCACAUUGGAUCAGGAUCAGGCGAGCAUUCAAGAGCUUACCAUGCAAGUGCAACUGGAUCAUCUCGUAACAGCCAGUGUGAAAGAUUUCAGGGGCCUGGACUGCGAAGUCAAUUUCCUGGCAAAGCUACUGAGUUGGGCGCCGGCUCUGGAAGAAGUGAAGAUAGAAUGGACGGGCAAAACAGAGUGCAGCAUGGUUCUUGCCAAGCUAUUAGCUCUGCCAAGGGUGUCUCCCAGGGCCAAGGCACCCCGUCUUUUGGAAAUGCUACAACAGUUUUAUCUGGAUUCUGAAGCAAUGAGUACCUGCAAAAAGACCAGGGCAGAAGCUACAUCUGUUGUGAGUUCAGACAGACUGAGCAGUCUACCUCCAAAGAUAAAGGGCAACGUCCUCUCCCAUUUGGAUGUCAGAGAAGCGGUUGGCACUAGCACCUUAUCAAGUACUUGGAGGGAUGCAUGGACAGAUAUGCCAAAAAUAUCUUUGCGCGUUAGAAAUUUUAUGCGAACCAGGUUCGUUACGUUGGUCGAUAUGGUGCUAGCACUCCAAAAGGGAACCAUAGAAGAGUUUGAUAUAUCAGGUAAAAAAAGUUACCAUGAUGAGCUCGCUAGGUGGAUGCUCAUGCUGUCAAGGAGAUCACCAAGGUCAGUUACAAUCAAGUUGAACUCAGGACCAAGGUAUAAGAUUUCCUCAUGCCUCUUUUCUAUCGGUGAUUUGAAGUUUCUGCAACUGGAAAACUGCAUCAUCAGCUUGCCCCGAGCAUUCCAAGGUUUCAAGAGCCUAACUUACCUGAGCCUAAACAUUUUCUCAUCCACAGACAGGGAUAUCCAAAAUCUGAUCUCGUUCUGCCCCGUCUUGACUGAUUUGAUAUUAACUUCUUUUGUGGGCAUCAACCGACUAAACAUUCAAGCUCCUAAGCUAGAAUAUCUUAAUGUAUAUGGGGACUUUGAAGACAUUAAUUUGGAGGCCCCUAAUCUGAAGGUGGCCAUUCUCUAUCUAGGUCACCAAGCUAAACUAUAUCAGUCUGUUCCAAUUGGGUAUGACAAGGAAAACCAUGUCAAGAAGUCAUUGGGAAGCCUAAGUGAGAUCAAGACACUUGGAAUUACUGGCAGUUUCAUGAAGUAUCUAUCAAAAGGGUGCAUACUCACGAAGCUCCCAGUUGUGUUUACUCGCCUUGAGGAUAUUUAUCUUACGAUAUGCUUUUGGGACCAGAGGCAAGUCUUGACCGCUUAUUCAUUAUUUCAGAAUGCUCCUAACUUGAAGAAGCUUGCGGUGUGGAGUUACGCUUCGAGCACAUGCGAUCAGGAUCAGGCGAGGAUUCUAGAGCAUACCCUGCAAAUGCAAAUGGACCAUCUCGUAAUGGCCUGUGUUGAAUGUUUUAGGGGUCUUGACUACGAAGUCGAUUUCGUGGCAAAGCUACCGAGUUGGGCACCUGAUCUUGAAGAAGUGAAGAUAGAAUGGAAGGGUCAAACAGAUUGCAGCAUUGUUCUUGCCAAGCUAUUAGCUCUGCCGAGGGUGUCUCCCAGGGCCAAGGUCAUUGUUACAUUUUGUUAAGAAUGCUCCCCCAUCGCUUUGCCGAUGUAAUUUGCUGCUGAGUUCAUGUGAAUGUACCAGCUACGGCUAGCUGGUGGUUAUAUGUGUGCAUCUAAUGCAAAUCAUCAGGUAGAGGUUGUGUGUGUUGUCGAGGACAUUGUGUGGGAGUAUUUAAUGUGCCACCAGCAUGUGUUUUCCAUAUGAAACAUUUGAGGAAGUUUUCCAUAUAAAACACUAUCGUCUUGUGUUUUUGCAAGCAGUA